UCUCCUUCAGAUCUUCAUCAGAUCUUCUUCAGCUCUCCUUUAUCUCUUCAUCAGAUCUUCAUCAGAUCUUCACCUCUCCUUCAGCUCUCCUUCAGAUCUUCUUUAGCUCUCCUUCAGCUCUUCUUUAGAUCUUCAUCAGCUCUCCUUCUGCUCUCCUUCUGCUCUUCUUCAGAUCUUCUUCAGAUCUUCUUCAGCUUUCCAUAAGAUUUUCUUCAGCUCCCCUUCAACUCUUCAUUAGCUCUCCUUCAGCUCUCCUCUAGCUCUUCAUCAGAUCUUCUUCAGCUUUCCAUAAGUUCUUCUUUAGCUCUAAUUGAUCUCUUCAUCAGAUCUUCUUCAGAUCUUCUUCAGCUCUCCAUAAGAUCAUCUUCAGCUCUCCGUCAGUUCUUUAUCAGAUCAUCUUCAGAUCUUCUUCAGCUGUUCUUCAGCCUGUAGCGAAGUGCCAUUUGGGAGAAUGGAGGCUGUUUCAGAGCUUUCGCCCGUCUCUGAGCUUUCCAGCUGCAUGCGAGGCCUCCUCUGCCAGGACAGUCUUUCUGAAAGCGGCGUGAGCCCCAGCAGGCAACUCGCUGUGACGCCCGAGCUGAACAGCCCUGAGAGAAAUCAGAGAGACCAGAGAGGCCAACUACCAGAGACGCCAACAGUGAGCAGGAGGAGAGCUCAGAGUAAGCUGUCACCACCUCAGAGACCCUCCUUGAAACUGCGGUGGCGGCGGGCUGGUAGUCUGAGAGGAGACGUGGAGGGUGAUGAGGAUGAUGAAGAUGAGAAGGAGAACACACAGAGGCGGAAACGAGUGCGUGUGAAGCUGUUCAGCAGCUCCAGUCCUGGCGCUGAAGAGGACGAGGCUGUGAGCAGAAAUAAGAGACAGUAUCACGGCUCUCCAGGCGAGAGCUCCAGUCACCGGAGUGAAGUAGAGCGGCCGGACCCCGCGUCAGUGGCGCUGUUCCAGCGACUGAGGUCCAGGAGAAAAUCUGCACAGUCACACAUCCCUGACGCAGCCCUCACAGACCAGCGCCUCAUUGGAGACUUCAGUAAGCAACAUGUGCUUCCCGUUGAUUGUGUGGACCAUCAGGACCUUCGCUGUGUUUCGGCUCAAACUGUGGCAGCUCUGAUCAGAGGUCAGUUCAGCUCUGUGGUGGAAGACUUCCUCAUCAUAGACUGCCGUUACCCAUACGAGUAUGAAGGAGGACACAUUAAGGGAGCGGUGAACCUGUACACGGAGGCUCAGAUCCACCAGGCUUUCCUCCACAGCUUCACCAUUUUCCAGACUUCUCCUGAGGCCCCGCGUGACCCCUGCAGCCCAGGAGGGGCCUUCCCGCUGGGCGUGCAGGGCCUGGGCAGUGGUGGGGGAACGUGGACGUCUGCGGCAGUAGGAGAAGUUAAAGAUGGAGGAUCGUCACCGAGGAAGCUGAUCGUGUUCCACUGCGAGUUUUCGUCAGAGAGAGGACCACGGCUGUGUCAGUAUCUGCGUGAGUUGGACCGUGUUGUAAAUGCUCAGGCUUAUCCUCUACUCCUCUAUCCUGAACUCUACCUGCUGCAGGGAGGAUACAAACACUUCUAUACCUGCUGCCCGGAGCUCUGUGAACCUUGUGCUUAUGUGCCGAUGCGUCACCGGGACUUUAGAGAGCAGCUCCAACGAUUCAGCAGGAAUAAGCGCUCACAUCAUCGCAGACGGCCAAUCAGAGCUCAACAGAGGACGGCACGCUUUUAACGCUGACCAUGAGCUGCGAGCCGGCCUCGUUCACAUCACAUCACAUUAAAGGUGUCUGUUUGCAGUGCAGACAGUCUGUUGUGUUCUGUAGUGAUUUUGACAGCCCUCAGCUAAUAAAGACACCACUGUCUUUGCUUUUUCUUCUGUGGAGUAAACACUCUCUACAAUGUCAGUGCUGACCCCCCAGAGUAAGACACUAAAGUGGGGACUCUACACACAAGCUUUAUUUUGACUCUCUGACACAAUAUUGUUAUGUGUUGUCAAUAUAUUCCAAUACACUUGGAAUGUGUUUUCAAUAAAUUACAUAUGAACCACCUGA